CUGAUGACAAACAAACAAACAAAGAUGACAAAAUUAAAAUGAAAUCAAUUUUAUUGAAAUAACAACAUUCAAAUAGAACUGUACAGUUUCAUGUAGAAGUCGUGGAGUUUCAUAACGUCAGUAUUUCUAAACCUGAAGCUUCAUCAUUUAUGUAGUGAAUAGAAAUAUGAUCAGGUGUUUGUUUAUUUUGAUCAGGUGUUAAUAAACUGAUUCAGCUGGAGUUUACAGAAGCUGAGUGAGACGUGUUUGAAUGUUUUGUUGUUGACUGUGAAUAAAACGCCUCCACCUCCAAACUCACCUGACAACUCCUGAGGCCCCGCCCACUGAUGACAUCACAGGCUGACAGGAACCUGAGUUUCAGGAUCUCAGAAACACCUGGACUCACUGAGAGACAGCAGCAGCAGCAGUAUGACAAUGGCGGAGGCGGCGGUCCCAGAUCUGUUCUCAGAGCAGGAGCUGACCUGCUCCAUCUGUCUGGACCUGUUCAGUGAACCUGUCUCGACUCCCUGUGGACACAACUUCUGCCAGGCGUGUAUCGGAGGUUACUGGGCGUCCAGUCCGGUCUGCACCUGUCCUCUGUGUAAACGUCAGUUUGAUGAACGUCCUCAUCUCAGUGUCAACAAAGUUUUCGCUCUCAUCGCAGACAAAUUCAAACUGGCUCGUUAUGGAGCUGCAGGGUUACCGAUGCCAGUGGGGAACGGGACGCCGGGCGCCAUGACAACGAUGGCGCCCACCAGCAGUACCAACCCGUUUCUGACGGCGGCGGUGGCAUCAGGUGAGGAGGUGGUAUGGUGUGACGUCUGUACAGGUGUUAAACAGCCGGCCGUCAGCUCCUGUCUCACCUGCACCGCCUCGUACUGCUCUGAACACGUGCAGCCUCAUCACACCACGGCCUUCUACGCCAAACACCCUCUGAUGGACCCUCAGGAGGCCCUCAGGGGCCGCACCUGCUCCAAACACCGCCGCCUGCUGGAGGUGUACUGUCGGACAUGUCAGAACUGUAUCUGUGCCAUCUGCGUCCUGGAAGAACAUCGAACACACAAAACUGUGUCCGUCCAGACCGAGAGACUCAGCAAACAGAAACAGGUAGCGAGGACAGAGCAGGAGAUCAUGAACCGGAUCAAAGAGAAGGAGAUUCAUGUGACCGACCUGAAGAGGAAGCUGGAGGGAGUCAAGAACUACGCAGACAGAGAGCGAGGCGAGGUGGAACACCUGUUGGACGAGGUGUCCGCCUCCCUGGACCGGAUCCGGACUGAGGUGGUGGGCGGGAUUCAGAACCAGCUGGACACCGUGAUGUCGAAGGGGGAAGGGCUGGUGAACCGUCUGGAGACGGAGCUUGGUCAGCUGACGGACAGGAGGGCCACGCUCGAGGUCCAGGCCAUCAGUCAGGAUCACAUUGGCUUCCUGCAGAGUUUUGAGGAGGUCACGGCUCCUCUGGCUGAGGAGGAGAACGAGGUGGACGAGGACCAGUUCUCCCUCCACUUCCAGCUGGGGGAGGUGAAGAGCUCUCUGACCGAGGUGAAGGACAAGAUGGACGACAUCAGGAUGGGGGAGGUCCGGUCCAGAGGGUCUGCAGGCUCCUUUUCAUCAGGUGAACUGAUGGCGGCUGAGAGCAUGAUGAGUCUGAGAGGAAGCAGCGCCAGUCUGAGGAAGAGUCAGUGGUCUCUGAGAGAUCUGAAGAAGGUCAAACCAGUCUCAGGACAUAAAAAAGCUCGAGUCUACAUGGAGGACGUGACGUUGAACCCGGUGACGGCGUAUCCAUUCCUGAUCCUGUCUGAGGACAGGAAGCAGGUGAAGCGAGGAGAGAAGCUUCAGUUCUACAGAAACAGUUCGCACAGGUUUGACGUCUGGUCCUGCGUCAUCGCUAAGGAGGGAUACAGCUCAGGACGCCAUUACUGGGAGGUGUCUGUCGGGGAGAACAAGGACUGGAAGCUGGGCGUGGUCAGCGAGUCGGCUCAGAGGAAAGGUCUGUUCGACAUGAGUCCUCCUAACGGAUACUAUGCCAUCUGGUUGAGCGGCAGCCAGCUGAGGGCACUCACCACUCCGCCCCUUACCAAGGUGAAGAGUCCUCCAAAGCUGCGUCAGGUCGGCGUCUUCCUGGACGUGGAGGAGGGUCAGGUCUCCUUUUACAAUGUUAAGUCAGGAUCAGAGAUCUACAGCUUCAACGGAUCCUCCGAGUUCACCGAGAGGAUGUUUCCUCUGCUGGGAACUGGAGACAAAGAAGUCCCCCUGGUCCUCAUGACCACACUGCACCACCUGGCCUGAGGGACCAGGGACCAGAGACAAAGACAAGAGGAUCAAACCUGAGAGAUGCUGUUGUUGAGGGGGCAAACGGUUGGAUGUUGAGACAGAAACUGAAUCUGAUCGCAAACAUCAAACAGAUUUUAGUUUGUUAAACACAGAAAAGGAAUCAUGCAGAUUAUCACUGCCACCGUUACAGAGAAAACAACUUUUAAUAAAACAGAGAUAUUUUCAUGACAAGGAACAAAGAACAAGAACGUUUUGAUAUAUUAAGUAGGACUGCAACUAAAGAUUAUUUUUGUUACUGAUUUAUCUAUUGAUUAAUUACUCAAUUAAUUGAUGAAUUGUUAGUCUAUAAUGUGUCAGGAAAUUGUCUGUUUUAACUUCUUACAUCCAAAGUUACCGUCUUCAAGUGUCUUGUUUUGUCUGAUCAGCUCUCAAAAUCCAAAAAUAUUCAGUUUAAUAUUUUGUAUGACAAAGAAAAGCAUCAAAUCAUUUGAGAAAAUUUUGGUAUAUUUGCUUUAAAAAAUUACUUAAACAUUUAAUCAUUUAUCAAAGAAGUUGCUGAUUAAUUAUAAAUCACUGCAGCAGUGACAGGACGUUCUGAAUGUGACAGCAAUAAGAAAUAAAUAUAAUUAUCAAUAUAA